UGACGGUGCUGUUGCGCAAUAUGGCAAUGCGGUUUGUUUGCUUUAAUAAAUUGGGAAAUGGAUAUACGCGACAAUUUAGCUCUUCGGUAGGGUUUUCUGAUGUUUACUUACCAUGGCACCGGUCAUAUCCAGCACAAACUCCCAAAAAUGUGCGACAGUCACAUGAACAAAGUAAAAAUACUGGAAAGUAUAAAAUAAUAAUGGUCCGACAUGGUGAAUCAGAAUGGAAUAAGAAAAAUCAAUUCUGUGGUUGGUAUGACGCGGGACUGAGUGAAAAGGGAUUGAAGGAGGCAAUAUCAGCUUCAAAUGCAUUAAAAGAAUGUGGUUACAAAUUUGACGUUGCCCAUACUUCUGUUCUCCGCCGAGCUAUACAUACGUUGGACAUAAUUUUAAAGGAAAUCGGUCAAACGGAUAUACCAGUUUGCAAAACAUGGCGACUGAAUGAACGCCAUUAUGGUGGUCUCACAGGCUUGAAUAAAGCGGAAACUGCUGCUAAAUAUGGCGAAAAACAGGUGAAAAUAUGGCGCAGAAGUUUUUCAACACCGCCUCCACCAAUGGAAAAUGAUCAUCCAUAUUACGACGUGAUCGUGAAAGACCCCCGUUAUGCGGAUGGUCCGUCAAAAGGGGAGUUUCCGAUGUUUGAAUCACUUAAGCUAACAAUAGAACGAACUUUGCCUUACUGGAAUGAGACCAUCGUACCGCAAAUAAAAGAAGGAAAAUUUAUUAUUAUUUCAGCGCACGGUAAUAGUCUGCGUGGUAUAGUCAAGCAUUUGGAUAAUUUAUCGGAAGAUCAGAUUAUGGCAUUAAAUUUACCUACUGGAAUUCCAUUUAUAUACGAAUUGGAUGAAUGUCUUAAGCCAGUAGUUUCAAUGAAAUUUCUAGGGGAUGAGGAGACCGUGCGGAAAGCAAUGGAAGCAGUUGCUGCUCAAGGAAGGGCCAAAUAGAAACUAGGAUUCAAUAACUUUGUGGGGAGAAACUAGAAAAAUUCUAUAACAAAAUCAAACUGACCAGCAAAAUAUAAAAAAAUGUGUAUAAGUUCCUAAUAAAAAACGCCAAAACACAGGCAGGGCUCAAAUCGUAACA